CGUUGACAUUUCACUGACAUUUAUAAUUGUUUAUUUAUUUAUUUAACAAAAUUUAAAAUUAUAAAUUAUGAUGAAUUAUAAGUGGAAGUAAUAAUUGUAUAAUAAAAUGAAGUGCCCAUAGGAAGUGUCCAAUUUCUAAUUAAUCAAUUACACAAGCGGCAUAAUUUAAUUUAAAAAAACCCUGACUUUUUGAGGUUAUGUAAUAGCACACUAGGCUCUAUCUAAAAAUAAAAUUCAGCUCCAAAAAUAAGUAUUUUUAAAAAUGGCACUUUUAGGAGCCCAACUAGUAAUCACCCUAAUUAUGAUCAGCGUAAUUCAGAAACUAGGCCCGCAUUUUUCGUUUGCAAGAUGGUUGAUUUGUUCGACGGGCCUUAUACGUUAUCUGUACCCAACGGACAGUGAACUCCGACAGCUGGCAAACAUACCGAAAGACAAACCAAAAAAUAAGAAAAAGUUUAGUAAAGGCUAUCAAAACGGCACAUCGGAUACGUUUCACGUAGACCGGUCGUUGGAUGUUCAACUGGAGACAGCUAAAAUAACUUAUUUAGAUGUGAUACAUUUGAGGUAUUACAGUGAAUAUCAAUGGUUGGUGGACUUUUCUGUGUAUGCUACAAUAGUGUAUGUUAUUACAGAGAUUUAUCAAAUAUGGUUUCCAAUAAAAGACGAAAUAAAUUUAAGCAUCAUCUGGUGCUUUCUUGUUUUGCUAUUUGCCAUCAAACUGUUACUGAGCCUGACAGUUCAGUAUUUCAAAGGUGAAGAAUCAGUAGGUGAAAGAUCCAUGUGCAUUGUAAUGGCUUUCAUCUACUUAUUAGUGGCAAUGGUGGUACUAAUUGUCAAUGAAAAUACUUUGGAGCUAGGAUUGGAGAGUGCCUACACCACUUUCAAUCAAACCGCCUCUGCUUUUCUGAACAGACAAGGAUUAAGUUCAUCAGGUCCAGCAUCUAAAAUAUUUGUUAAAUUUUGCAUGGCCGUUUGGUGUGCCAUAUUAGGAGCUAUUGUUACUUUUCCUGGAAUGAGAGCUGCUAAAAUGCAUUGGGAUCUCUUAAAAUAUUUUAGAGAAAACAAAUUCAAACAAAUUCUAUUGAACUUAACAUUUGCAUUGCCAUUUGUCUUAGUCAUAUUAUGGGUAAAGCCUGCCACCAAAGAUUAUUUAACAGUUAGAAUUUUUUCAGGAAAAACUGAGCCAUUAAUGACAGAAGAAAGUUUUGAAAUAGCAAGACUUUUAGCAAUAUUCUUAACAGUAGCCUUAAAAAUAUAUUUAAUGCCAUGGUACCUUCAAGCCUAUUUGGAUAUGGCUUUUCACAGAACUGAAGAACAAAAAAAAGAAGCUGGAAGAAUAACAAAUAUCGAGUUUCAAAAAAGAGUGGCUGCCGUUUUCUACUAUCUUUGCGUAGUGGCACUGCAAUAUGUUGCUCCCCUAAUCAUGUGCCUGUUUUUCACUUUCAUGUACAAAACUCUCAGCGAAUUUCAAUGGAGUUGGCUGCUGUAUAAUAAACAAAGUUUUGUCGAAGUUGACAAUUUGAAGCCUGUUAGUUCAAAAAGCACCAGUGAACCUGUUGAAGAGCUGUUUUUGACUUUGGAAACUUUAAAAUCUGUCUUUGCGGCAAAUGUCUCCAAAGGAGUUCUAGGAUUUGCCACAUGGUGGAGCUGUUUUGUCUACUUUGCAACUACAUCCGUCGGUCUCAUUUAUCAGUCAUAUUUUUCAGUUUUCUAAUUUUUCUACGCCUUUUUUUCCAAUAUACCUAAGACUGAUGAUUUUAGUCGCAACGUCUGUGUGUUGAAGGUAAUCUCAAUUGAAUUAAUGUUGAACAAAAUCUAAAAUAAUUAAGUAAUACAACAUGUUUCAUUGAUUUUUAUGCAGAAAGUAAAGUAUUGUUUUUUUUUGGGACUGAAACAAAUUCUCAAAUUUUGUAAUUAUUUUGUGUGUUGUUGUGUUUGUUUGUAAAAUAAAAUAACUUUAUUAAAAUAUGUUUCUAAAUCCUUCACUGCAUAUUACAGUUUUUGUUGCAGUUGGUAAGAUUCAAUACUGAGCUUAUUGAUUUUUCAGAUAUCCAUUCACUAAAGAUUUUGGUUGAAUAAAGGCGUCCUUAUCAGAGUUAUUUUGGCUUAAAUAUACACCAAAGCGCAUUUUUCCUUGCAGCUCCCUAGACAAAGUUUGUAAAGGUUCUUUGGAUAUUUCUCCAGUUUCUUGGUCUAUACAGAUCAUUUGGCAUCUU